AUGGGGAAAAAUUCUCAGAAAGUAGAUGGUGUGCAGCCCGAAGUCAAAACUGUGAAGGAUUCUGAGUGUUCUGAAGAUAAACCACUGGGCGAAUCAGAUUUUGUUAGUGCUGCUAUAAAACAAGAUGCUAGUAUGAAAACAACAGUGAAGAGAAAAAUAAUUAAAAAAGUGCCUAAAAGAAAGGUAGCUGCUGUGGAAUCCCAUGAUGGGGUUCCAGAUAGCAACAAAGAUGGUGAGAAGGAUGAAAAAAAGAUGGUUGAGGCAGGAAAUGAAACAAAAAUGAUUGGGGGGCAAACUGCCGAUGCUGACUAUCUGGAAGAGAAAAGGGUUGAUGAGAAAAGUGGUUCUGUUUCCAAAAUGGAUCCUGAGGCUGAGAAACAAAAAGUGUCUCGCAAUAGUGGUCCCAAUGGCAAGAGGGAAAAAUCAAAAGAAAGGGAAAAGUCCAAAGAGGAGAAAGACAAAGAAGACAAGGAUGUAAAAGAUGAGUCCAAGAGCAAAUUGAACAGAGAAGUGAAAGAAAAGAAAAAACCAGAAGAACCUCCUCGGCACCCUGGCUUGUUUAUCCAAACAAAAGGGAGCAAGGAUUCUAAGCUGCGUUCAUUGUCACUUUCACUGGAUUCACUUUUGGACUAUACUGACAAGGAUAUCGAAGAAUCAACAUUUGAGCUUUCCUUAUUUGCAGAAUCCCUAUAUGAAAUGCUUCAGUAUCAGAUGGGUUGCCGUCUUUUGACAUUUCUUCAGAAAUUGCGCAUUAAGUUUGUGAUGGAAAGAAACCAACGGAAAAGACAAAGGGUUGACAUUUCUGACAAGGAAGGUGAAAAGAAAUCAUCAAGAAAGCGCAUGAAAACUGAUGAGACCGUUGUGGAAAUCACAUCUACUAAAACGGAAACACCAAAUGAAGAUGAUGGAAGAACAAUCGUCAAGGAGAAUAAUACUGCAGCCGAUGAGGUGAAGAAGGAAAAGCCUGAAAAUGAAACAGAUGAGGAUGAAGAUCCAGAGGAAGAUCCUGAGGAAGAUGAAGAAAUGCCAGAUGCAAGCCCUCAGCGUGACUCAACCAACGAGGCAAGAUUCCUUUCUUCCAUUCUCUCUCUCUUGUCGCUUCUCAUUCUUCAAAUGUAA